AUGUCAGAAAAACGGCCGGCUUCCGACGAUCCUGGCGAGGGCCAGCUCGUCGUCAAGCGUCAGAAUGUUGGCUCUAGUCGAGCCCUCACUCGCACUGGCGACAGCGCCGGCGCAUUGAUUCAAACGACCCCACGGACUAGCAACCUCAAGGCUCCUUUGAUGGAGCUGUCAGGGCAUACGGGGGAGAUCUUUACCGCCAAAUUUGACCCUACGGGAACCCUUAUAGCUUCGGGAUCGAUGGACAGGACAAUAAUGCUCUGGAGGGUAUAUGGCGAUUGCGAGAACUACGGUGUCCUGAACGGCCACAAAGCAGCCAUUCUUGACUUGCAAUGGUCGCGCGACGGCGAUAUCCUCUUCUCCGCCUCGGCCGACAUGCACCUCGCCAGCUGGGACCUGACAACAGGACAAAGGAUACGACGCUACAUCGGACAUGAAGAAAUCAUCAACGCGAUGGAUGUUACCCAACGUGGCGAGGAGCUGCUCAUCAGCGGCAGCGACGACGGGACAAUUGGCAUCUGGGAUCCGCGCACGAAGAACGCGGUCGACUACAUCGAGACGGACUUUCCCAUCACGGCGGUUGCGGUGUCAGAGGCCGGUAACGAGAUCUACUCGGGCGGUAUUGAUAACGAUAUCAAAGUCUGGGAUAUCCGCAAAAAGGCGGUUGUGCACACCAUGCUGGGUCAUAACGACACCAUAACCACACUGCGUGUGUCACCCGAUGGCCAACAGCUUUUGUCAUACGCCAUGGACUCAACUGCAAGGACGUGGGAUAUUCGGCCAUUUGCGCCGACCGACCGGCACAUCCGCACCUUUGAUGGCGCCCCGCUUGGGCUGGAAAAGAAUUUGAUCCGGGGCAGCUGGAGCAAGGAUGGGAAGAAGAUUGCUGUUGGUGCUGGCGACGGGACAGUGGUCAUUUGGGGAAGUGAUACUGGCAAGCUGCUCUACAAGCUGCCAGGCCACAAGGGGACAGUCAAUUGUGCCGAAUUUGCGCCGGACGGUGCUCCGAUCAUCCUCUCGGCAUCGUCAGACCGGACGAUGCUGCUUGGUGAGCUGAUCUGA